CCUGCUUCUCUCAACUACCGCCAUCAUGGCCGAGCCAGCGACGGUCACGCCUGUGAGAAUUUCAGAAGAGCUGGAGCGCAGCAAUCAACGACCAGAUGAUACGUCGCUCAUCGUUCACCCUCAGCGUCGGUCCUCAUGGGGUUGGAAUUGGCGUUAUACGCUAGGAGUUGUAGGGAUUGCGGUCAUCCUCGCUCCCAUUACAACGGUGGCAACUUGGCUGGGACUGGGGGAAGCACCUAUUGAUACAACCAACUAUGCGCUGCGGACGCGGCGUGUGCUAGAGUCGACGCCGUUAAUCGAUGGACACAAUGAUCUCCCGUGGCUGCUGCGCAUCGAACUGCAGAAUCGCAUAUAUGGCGGACGCUUCGACCCGACGCAGCGGCUGCUAGGCCACACAGAUAUCAACCGCAUGAAGCAGGGUUUAGUGGGUGGUCAAUUCUGGAGUGUCUAUGUGCACUGCGACAAAGCCCAGAAGCACUUUGAGGAUCCGUCGUGGCUGGUACGAGAUACUCUUGAGCAGAUUGACGUCGCCAAACGGUUUAUUGCUGAAUACCCUGAUAUCUUUACCUUCUGCACCACCCCAAUGUGCAUACGCAAUGCUUUCAAGUCUGGUAAAAUAUCAAACAUGCUCGGCAUCGAGGGCGGGCAUCAGCUGGGAGGUUCUAUAGCAUCUAUUAGGCAAGCCUACGACUUAGGAAUACGGUAUAUUACGACAACACACAACUGCGACAAUGCGUGGGCCACCUCGGCGUCAACGGUAGCGGCAGGGGGCGAGGACAAGGGCCUGACUGCAUUCGGUGCCGCGUAUGUGCGUGAGAUGAACCGGCUUGGCAUGAUGCUGGAUUUGUCGCACGUAUCUCACCAGACGAUGCGGGACGUGCUGUCACUAACUCAGGCACCUAUCAUCUUCUCGCACUCAGGGGCCUUUGCAGUUACACCACACCUACGCAACGUUCCAGAUGACGUGCUCCGGAGCGUCCGCAGGAACGGAGGCAUCGUCAUGGCCGUAUUCGUCAAUCGCUUCCUCAACAUGAAGGAUCCUAGCGCAGUAACUAUCCACGACGUCGUUGACCACAUCUGGCACCUGGCCGAAGUCGCAGGCUGGGAACACAUUGGUAUUGGCUCUGACUUUAGUGGAACACCACACACGCCGGCUGGACUAGAGGACGUAUCUAAGUUUCCAGACUUGAUCGAACUACUCAUGGCACGCGGGGCCACCGACCAGCAAAUACGCCUCCUUGUGGGAGAAAAUCUACUCCGAGUGUGGGCCGAUAUUGAGCGACGAGGCCGCGAAAUUCAAGCAGAAGGUUCCAAGCCGGUUGAGGAAGAGUGGGAAGGCCGAAAAUGGCACACACAUUACAGAAGCUCGCCCUACAUGUACCGGUCUACACGGGAGAAGGCUAUCAAGGAGGGGUGGGGCGAGCCAAACCAGUUCAAUGUCGGCAAAACCGGCAAACACGAGGAGAAGAUUGUGAAGGCUGAUGAAGACAUAUGACUGGUGGCCUAGUUGCUACAUGGAGCUCCUUUGACUUGUAUUAAUGCGUCCGAUAUCCGGCGUUGGCGGUUAGGUAUGUUUGUCUUAUCGAUAAAAUCUGUCUAGCAUAUGUGUGCCUUGAAUAAUCCAGGAGAGAGAGAUCCAUAGAUUAUUGGUCACUCUCCUCAUUAUCAAUUUUAAUUUUCGGAAUAUUUAUGAUGUGACUUUACACAUAAAUCAUUCCAAAUCUUUGUAUUGGUAGACUCCCGUUUCCUGAGUCAGUGAGCA